GGAGACCAAUGCCCGCCUGGUGGGGCCAGCCCGGCGUGGGAACCAGCACUGAACAAGUCGACGCUGCCUGCCUCGCGGGGCUUGGAGCCUGCGUCUAGAUCUUUCUUUCUCCACAUAAGCAAUCCCUCGCUGUGGGCUUCACGCAGAGACAUGUGGCUCAGCCCCUAGCAUCCUGACUCCCCUCCCCCUUCCACGGCGCAUUCUGAUUGCCCCCAAAGAAGGGCAUCCGGACUGGCCCAGGCUCCUGGUAGCGGGCAGGGAGGUCCAGGUCCAGAAGAUCCAUCCUGCUUCAGGCCACGCUCUCGUCUGGUUUCAAAGCGCUCGACACCCGGCCUCUGUGUUGUCAGCUCCUGCUCUCCAGUGGCCCCUGAGGGAGAUGCAGCAGCCAGACCCCUGCCCCGCCGAUGGGAGCAGCUGCCGGCUCUGGAGAAGGAUGCGGCCUCGUCUCCACAUGAUCCGCCUUCAUAGCCCCUGAGCCACCUCCAGACACCCCCACCGCCUCGUCUCUGCAAAACCUGGAGAGAGGCCUGUCCAGGCCGGGAGGAAGCCAGCUCCGAGGGGCCAAGCUGAGGACUGGGGUUUGAACCACCAACUUCGCCUCCUCUCUGCUCCUCCUCAACAUCUCCCAGGAGACUGACUUGACUUAUUUCUAGAAAAAGCACUGUAGCCUGCCCACAAUUGGAUACGUGUUGUGGUUUCUGCGGGGCAGCCUGGAGCCCGGUGGCUGGCACAUUGGGGGGCUGGGAGAGAAGCCGCGAGGGGCCCUGGCAGAGGCCAGAGCUCGGGGUCCCAGGAUGGAGUCCAACGACACGGCCCCCGCCUCCUGCCUGGCCUCUGCCGCGUUCAAGGUCUCCGUCAGCGUGGCGCUCACCGUCCUCAUUCUCCUCACGAUCGCUGGCAACGUGGUGGUCUGCCUGGCCGUGGGCCUGAACCGCCGGCUCCGCAGCCUGACCAACUGCUUCAUCGUGUCCCUGGCCGUCACCGACCUGCUCCUGGGCCUCCUGGUGCUGCCCUUCUCGGCCGUCUACCAGCUCUCCUGCCGCUGGAGCUUCGGCCGGGUCUUCUGCAACAUCUACACCAGCCUGGACGUGAUGCUGUGCACGGCCUCCAUCCUCAACCUCUUCAUGAUCAGCCUCGACCGCUACUGCGCCGUCACGGCCCCCCUGCGCUACCCUGUGCUGGUCACCCCGCUCCGCGUGGGCGUGUCCCUGGUCCUGAUCUGGGCCGUGUCCAUCACCCUGUCCUUCCUGUCCAUCCACCUGGGCUGGAACAGCAGGGAGGAGGCCGGGGGCGGGGCCAACCGCACCGUCCUGCCCUGCAAGGUCCAGGUCAACCUGGUGUACGGCCUGGUGGACGGGCUGGUCACCUUCUACGUGCCCCUGCUGGUCAUGUGCGUCACCUACUUCCGCAUCUUCAGGAUCGCCCGGGAGCAGGCCCGGAGGAUCCACCAGGCCGGCCCCUGGAGGGCGGCCACGCUCCGGGAGCACAAGGCCACGGUGACGCUGGCCACCGUGAUGGGCGCCUUCGUCCUCUGCUGGCUCCCCUACUUCACCGUGUUCGUCUACCGCGGGCUGCGGGGCGACGCUGCCGUCAACCAGACCUUCGAGGCCGUGGUGCUGUGGCUGGGCUACGCCAACUCCGCCCUGAACCCCAUCCUGUACGCAGCGCUCAACAGGGACUUCCGCACGGCCUACCAGCAGCUCCUGCGCUGCAGGUACAGGGGCUACGCUGACCACGACCCCUCUCUGCGGUGCCACGGCUCAUGGCUCCCCAGGACGCGGAGCCAGGGCCCCGGGCAGCAGGAAGAGAAGCCCCUGAAGCUCCAGGUGUGGAGUGGCGGAGAGGCCGCGGCACCCCGGGGAGCCACAGACAGGGAGCCUGCGCUGUCCUGCGCCGUGAGCUCCAGCAACCUCCUGAGCUGCUGCAAGAGUCUGUGGGGACGCCGGUUCCUCCAGAGAUGUGGGGGAGCCCCCUGGGAGCAGCCGCCGAGGACACCGCCCUCCCAGGCCGCCUAGACCCGGCCCCAGGACACCGAAGAUACUGCUCCCGGUCACCACGAUGGGACUCUUGGACCCCUCAGCGACUCCCUGAGCUCACCCUGGGCGCCCGGGGCCACAGGCCCUGUCUGUACUCAGCGUUCCCAGAGAGGAGAUGUGUCUGGGACUUCUCGGAGCCCAAGUCCACAGCGGUGCUGGCCCGGGUCCUGAGCAGAGAUUGGGGGGGGGGGGGCAUGUGGGAUGUGUGCACAUGUGUGCACGCUGUGAACGUGCCCUCUGGGCACAGCAGAGGGUGUUGCCAUAAAGUGCUAGCCUCUGGUU